GCAGACUGAUAGUAGAGCAAUCAGCACCAAGCCUGGAGCAACAGUGAGGCCCUGCCGGCCGCUCCCCGGUGCCAAGGGAUGAGGAUGGAGGAGGGGAUGAACGCUCUCCACGACUUCGGGAUCCGCUCAACGCGCUACCUGCAGGUGAACUACCAAGGCUCCCAGGACUGGUUUAUCUCGGUGUCCGUGAUCGCCGACCUCAGGAACGCCUUCUAUGUCCUCUUCCCCAUCUGGUUCCACCUGCGAGAAGCUGUGGGCAUCAAACUCCUCUGGGUCGCUGUGAUCGGAGACUGGCUCAACCUCGUCUUCAAGUGGAUUCUCUUCGGGCAGCGCCCAUACUGGUGGGUGCUGGACACCGACUACUACAGCAACACCUCCGUGCCAGUGAUAAAGCAAUUCCCUGUCACCUGUGAGACCGGGCCAGGGAGUCCCUCUGGCCACGCCAUGGGCACAGCAGGUGUGUACUACGUGAUGGUCACUUCCAUACUCUCCAUCUUUCGGGGGAAGAAAAAGCUGACCUACAGAUUUCGGUGCUUGACCGUGGUGCUGUGGCUGGCUUUCUGGGCGGUGCAGCUGAACGUCUGUCUGUCGCGGAUCUACCUUGCUGCUCACUUUCCCCACCAGGUUGUUGCUGGAGUCUUGUCAGGCAUCGCCGUGGCCGAAGCCUUCCGCCACAUCCGCGGCAUCUACAAUGCCAGCCUCCAGAAGUAUUUUCUCAUCACCUUCUUCCUGUUCAGCUUUGCCAUUGGAUUUUACCUGCUGCUCAAGGGGCUGGGGGUGGACCUCCUGUGGACCCUAGAGAAGGCCAAGCGCUGGUGCGAGCGGCCAGAAUGGGUCCACAUUGACACCACGCCCUUCGCCAGCCUGCUCAAGAACCUGGGGACCCUCUUUGGCCUGGGGCUGGCGCUCCACUCCGGCAUGUACAGGGAGAGCCGCAAGGGCAAGCUGAACAGGCGGCUCCCCUUCCGGCUCGGCUGCAUCGUGGCCUCCCUCGUCCUGCUGCACCUCCUUGACUUUCUGAAGCCCCCCUCCCACGUGGAGCUGGUCUUCUACGCCCUGUCUUUCUGCAAGAGUGCAGCAGUGCCCCUGGCAUCCGUCAGCCUCGUCCCCUACUGCCUCGCCCGGGUGCUGGGCCAGCCACACAAGAAGUCUUUGUAAGGGCCGUGGAGUCUUUGAUGACUGUGGUGAGGAUUACGGGGUGGGACGAAGGUCUUGGGCCAGCCUGGUUGGAGGCCAGAGGCAUUACAAGUAGCUCAGGUGACUGCCCAGUUUUGCAAUCCUGGUCAUACGGGCUGAGGCUACUUGAGAAAGCCUUGACUGUUAGAAGUUGGAUCAUUCUGGAUUUUUUUUUUUCCCCCAAGACCUACUUACUUGUGCUUUGGCAUGUCAGACAUGCCAAAAAGUAAGACUUCCAGGUAGGGACGUGCGCAAGCCCAGGCCGGAAGUCCCAGCUGACAAUGCUGACCCAUGCUCGUCCUCACCAAGGAGAGGAGAAAGGUUUCGCAGGGCAAGAAGGAAGGAUUGAGGAAGAGUUGGGAGCAGCCUGCAUAUGUGUAUGCCAAGCAGUGUCCACACGGCUGUAACGGUGUUCCAGCCUGGAGACGGGGCUCUCUCAGCAGGGGCGGAGUGGCCCGGACAAGGAGUCGGCGGGCAGUGAGGGGACUCUGCCGCUGGCACUUUGCCAUCGUAGAUGCGUGGUCACCGUUGCUUUUACUUGGAUUUCUGAAUGGCUCCGGUGACCCCGAUAUUGCACCAGGCAGGCACAGUCGGGCACAGUCAACUUUUCUUCCACCCCCCCCCCCCGUACAUCUUCCUCCUUCUAAGCCCAGAUCUGUUGCCCCCAGAACGUUCCAGUGGCUCCACAGCCGCCUCGCCGGACCCCCAGAUGCCUGAAGGGUGACGUUGGUGCUUUUGUAGGUUUCAGUUAAGCUCUGAAAUCUUGGGCAAAAUGGAAGGGAGAGAGGGUCAGGAUUGCUGCUUCCGGAAGGUCACUCCAAUGUUACUUCUGAUUCCUGGAGGGCAAACACAACUCCUUUCUCUAGCCAAGACACCAAGAGCACAUUUGUAGAGGGAAAGCCACGCUGCUCCACGUCUGUUCUCAAUAUCUGAGCUGAUUUGCAGACUGUGUCCUUAAAGAAAAAAUGCUGAAGCUAUUUAUUUGAGACUUUUGUUUUUGCUACUAAUUAAAUAGAGUAUCUUGUAUUAUCAUUCCUACCAACCAUCCUGCUUUUAACAUCUUUGAAAAGAAAAAUACAUGUGUGCAGUAUUUUAUGAAACAACAUCUUAUUUAAGAAUGAA